AUGAAACGACCCCUCGUUGAGACUUCUGAUCUUGACACCAUCAACGCUUCGCCUUUCUGGGGGCAGUUCUUCCGAAUAGGCUGCCAUCCACCACCUGAUGAUUGCCCUCAGGUAGCAUUAGAUAACAUUUACAUUCUCAUUUCCGUCUCCAUGCUGAGCACGUGGCUAUGGUCGCUGCUACGCUACAGCUUGAUUUUCGCGCAUGAGCAUUGUGGUGGCUGCUAA